GCACGACCUGAUUGGCCAGUAAUACUUUGCCUUACGUUUAAUGUUGCUGCUUGAAUACAUAUUUUUCUUGCAUUUCUGUUUGACAAUCUGAUCAUUUUGUUUGUUAGGAUUUUUAAAACUUGUUCUUUAAAUGCUUCUACAUGGAAAUUCACAAAAAAUAGUUGGAGGUUGCCAUAGUUACAGAAACUAUCGGAAGGUCGCCUGCCAAUCAGGUGGCGCGUUUUUAAUGAAUAUUAAUAAGCCGUUUACGUCGCGUAAACUCCUCUCCGGUCCACUAGGCGGCAGUAAAGCGCCAUAACGUGGUGAGGUCAAGUUUGACCGUGGCAACCAAAAUAUGUCGGUGUCAAGAUUUCCAGCUUCUGCACUGAACCUCAAACAGUUUUUGCAGAGACAAAAAGUUUUAGGUUUGUACCGUAAUAUGUUGAGGACAAUCCGAAAAGUUCCAGAUGAAGCAGAUCGUAAAUAUCUGAAGGAUUGGACAAGAGAGGAGUUCAAGAGGAACAAGGAUGCAGCAGAUCAGGAUGCCGUCAGGAUGAUGAUCACGCAGGCCAACAAUCACCUGGAGGAGUUGAAGAGAUCUCUCAGUCUGGCUGGAAGGUGAACACAAGUAGCUGCAGAGACGGUGUUGAGAGAGGAACACUGACACAGCACAAGCCUAAGCUGUGAGCACUGAUUGUGUAGCAGAAGACUCCUGCAUGUCCAGGCUGCCCUGUUCUUACUUGUCCUGACUCUAAUACACCUAAGUGUGAUGUUCGAGCAAUCGUUAAAUUGUGUUGGGUUCGAUUUUCUUUUUCAUACAAAAGUCUCUUCAUAUUGAAGUUUUUAAAACAAGCAAGCUCAAUAAAUGUAGCUCAUAUUUCAAGCUGGA